UCUUCAGUAUCACCACAAAAGGAGUCGAGAGGGAGAGAAGCUUCAUCGAGUGCUGGACUGACUAUAAGUACCAAGCCCGAUACCGUUUGACCGUCUCUCUCUCUCGUUGGUUUCCUUGUGCAAGUCGCUUUCACUUUUACCUCCCGCCUGGAUAUAUGGCUGAUGCCUUAGUGGCUGGCUCAUUCCUCUCCGCUUUCCUUCAAGUGCUAUUUGAUAGGAUGGCUACGCCGGAAUUCGUGAAUUUGUUUCGUAAUCGGAAGGCCGAUGAUGAUCUCCUCAAGAAGCUCAAGAGUGAGUUACGCACUGUUGGAGCCGUGCUCGAUGAUGCAGAGAACAAGGAAAUACGGAACCAAUAUGUCAAGGAUUGGCUUGAAGAGCUUCAUGAUACAUUUUAUCAAGCAGAGGAUUUACUGGACAGAAUCAACACUGAAGCUCUGCGAAUCAAGGUAGAAACUGAGUACCAAAGCUCAACUAGCACUUGUACAUCUUCGGGUGAUAAGUUUCUUAGGAGGAUCUCGCCCUUGGGUUUGCAAGUGGAGAUAGAAACAAUAGUGAAGAGGCUGGAGGGAUAUAACAAACAAAUUAUUCCCUUGGGUUUGCAAGUUCUUCAUUCCAGAAUACAGUCAUAUCAAAAAUUUGAAACACCUCUGGUUGAUGAGACUACUUUUUUUGGGAGAGAUACUGAUAAAGAGAGGAUAAUUCGAAUGUUGCUCUUCGAGGAUGCAGACAGAGACAAUAUCACUUUGAUUCCAAUAGUUGGACAGGGUGGGCUCGGUAAGACCACCUUGGCUCAAAUGGUUUACAAAGAUUCAAGGGUGACAGACAGUUUCCCUACCAGGGCAUGGGUCUGCGUAUCAGAAGAAUAUGAUCCUACCAGGAUAACAAAAGAAAUCCUAAGGCAACUCGGCAUUUGUUUCUGUGAGAGUGAUAACUUGCUCUCCCUUCAAGUGAAGCUACGAGGUGGCCUAACUGAGAAAAAGUUCCUUCUUGCUCUGGAUGAUGUUUGGAAUAGUAACUACAAUCAGUGGGAUAAUUUAAGGAGCCCUUUCAAAGGUGGAUCACGUGGAUGUAAGAUCAUUGUUACAACACGGAAUCAGAAUGUUGCAAGGAUGAUGGCCAAAGAAAGUUCAAUUCAUCAUUUGAAUUACAUGCAAGAGGAAGAUUGCCAGUCAUUAUUUAAGAAACAUGCAUUUGAAAAUAGAGAUGGCAAUGAAAAUGCAGAACUUGAAGAAAUAGGAAACGAAAUUGUGACGAAGUGUCGAGGGUUGCCGUUGGCUGUGAAAUCAGUUGCAGGUGUUUUGCGUUCCAAAACUACCCCCGAAGAAUGGAAAGAGAUUUUAAUAAGUGAAGAGUGGACUCAAAUGGAUAAUCCAAAUGGCCCCCUGCCGGCAUUGAGAUUAAGCUAUAUUCAUCUUCCUUCCCAUCUUAAAAGGUGCUUUGCUUAUUGUGCUGUGUUCCCUAAAGAUUACCAGUUUAGAAAGGAGGAAAUUAUUCAGUUAUGGCAAGCUAAUGAUCUUUUAGGGUAUCCUGGAGAAAAUAAAAAAAUAAAAAACGAGGGUGAAAAGUGUUUUCAUGAACUGAGAAUGAGGUCAUUAUUUGAUCAGUCAACUGACCAUACUUUCUCCAUGCAUGACCUUAUGAACGAUUUGGCUAGGUCUGUUUUUGGGAAAUAUUGCCUUAGGUUGGAAGAUCAUCAGCAAGGCGAUGCUACAAUAUCUAGUGCAAGACAUUUUUCAUACCAUCCUAGUGAUUAUGACACAUUUCAUAAGCUUAAUCUCUGGAGGGAGAAUAAGAAUAUAAGAACAUUCUUGCGAUUGAGAAUGGGUCAAGAUUGGGAUGAUACGGGUUUACUGAGUAACAAAUUCUUAGAGGAUACCUUGCCCCAGUUCAUGUCUUUAAGGGUUCUAUCUUUGUCUUGUUAUCGUAAUAUUGUUAAGUUACCAAACUCUUAUAGUGGUUUGACACAACUUCGAUUUCUGAAUCUCUCUUCAACAGGAAUAAGGGAGCUACCAGAGUGGAUAUGUAGCUUCUAUAAUCUACAAACUUUGUUGUUGUCAAACUGUGAAGAACUUGAAGAGUUGCCGGAAGAUCUGGGAAAGUUAAUUAACUUAUGUUGCCUGGAUAUUAGUGGAACUCCAUUGAAGAAAAUGCCACCACAAAUGGAUAAACUAGAAAAUCUUCAAGUCUUGACUGCUUUUGUCAUAGGCAAGGACAGUGGUUCGACAAUUAAGGAGUUGGGCAAGCUUCCUAUGCUACAUGGUAAGCUAAUGCUCUCUGGGCUGGAAAAUGUUUCCAGUGGUAGGGAUGCAUCCAUGGCGAACAUGGAAGGUAAGGAACAACUUGACGAGUUAACUUUGGAGUGGAAUGGUGCUAUCAAUGAUUCACAAGUUGUGAGAGAUGUGUUUGAUAAUUUACAACCUCAUUCAAGCAUAAAGCAUCUCAAGAUCAUAGGGUAUGGCGGGACAACAUUUCCAAAUUGGCUAGGCAAUCCUUCACUAAGUCGUUUGGAAUCGCUGAGUCUUUCUAAUUGUGAAAAUUGUUUCUCCUUGCCUGCACUUGGGCAGCUACAGUCCUUGCAAUCACUUGAAAUUGUUGGAAUGAGUUAUAUAUUAGAUUUGGCAGAGAAUUUUUAUGGAGACAUCAGUAUAACCAAACCAUUCCCAUCUCUGAAAAAGUUGAGAAUAGAGAAAUUGCCAGAGUGGGAGAAAUGGCACAUACCAGAAGAUGAAGUCUUCAAUAGACUUGAAGAGCUCAGUCUAAUUGAUUGUCCCAAAUUGAUUAGAGAACUUCCCCGACAACUUUCAUCACUGCAAAGCCUUGAGAUAUCUGGCUGCGACAAUCUGGUGCAUCCCAGUGGGCGAUUGAGCAUCUUCAAUGGAGAAAUUCGACAAAAUUUUUCAUCUCUUUGUGAAUUGAAGAUUUCAGCGCUAAAACAAUUGAAAGAGUUGCCCCUACAGCUCAACCAAUUAUCCGGACUUGAGAAAUUGAGAGUUGAUGAUUGUGGGUCUCUCUCACCCUCACACAUGAGUAGACCACCUGCCUCACUUAAAUCACUCAAGUACGAGAGGUUUUGCAAUUUGGAAUUGGAGAGUUCAAGCGGGGAGGGUGGUGGGACCUUGGAGGAUUUGACAUUAACAAAUUGUGACUUUGUCAAAGUCAAAGUCGAGUGGCUUGCCUCUUUUCCCAUGCUACAACAUCUUCGUAUUAUAAACAGCAAGAGUAUUGAGAUGCUUUCAGUUCCUGCUACACCCGCACCUGGGAUUGGGAAUCAGAGUGGUAGUGCGAUGCCGUCACUCAAUUUUUUACAGAUCUUCAGCUGCGAUGAUCUAAUGUCUUUUCCAGAGGGAGGAUUGGCAGCCCCCAAUCUAACGGAUAUUUGCAUCGGCAAUUGCGAGAAGCUCACGUCGCUACCGGAAUCCCUCCUCCCAUCUGUUCAAACUCUGCACAUAUACAAUUGUCCAGAAAUUGAUGGCUUCCCAGAAGGGGGUUUGCCCUCCAGCCUACAAUCCCUUAAAAUCGACAAUUGCAAAAAACUCAUGGGUCGCAGAAGAUGGUGGGGUUUGGAGAAACUCCCCUCUCUCACGUGCUUGACAAUUAAGGGUCCCUAUGAUGAAGUACAGUCGUUUCCAGAGGAGGACUGGUUGCUGCCUUGCACGCUUCAAGAUCUCACGUUGUGCCAUCUUCAUAAUCUGAAAGUGCUAAACUAUUCGAGUCUUCGACACUUCACCUCUCUUCAACGGCUAGACAUCCGCUGCUGCCCUGGACUCCUAUCCCUACCAAAAGAGGGACUACCUGCCUCUCUUACCUCACUAGGAAUCCACCACUGCGAACAAUUGGGACCCAGGUUAGAAUGGGAGAAAGGACACGACUGGACCAAGGUUGUCCACAUCCCCUGCCUCAUAGUCGAUCAUGAGCUAGUUCCUUAAUGAUGAUGCUGGUUAUUAGUGAGGGCUUGCCUCCCAGAGUUACAAGACGCUCAUCAUCAUCUAUUUAUAUAAUUAAAGGACAUGGAUUGCUCUGUCCUAGUCGAGGUGAUAUACCAUUCUCAGUACUCUGAGGACCAUCAUUGCUCUAUCUUUGGCUAUUGUAAAAUGGGGGCCAGUAACCUUCAUUUUUGUAGUAGGUUAGUAGAAUGGGGGCCAUUGCAGAGUUACUAACAUUUUUUUUGGAGUAGAGAAAGAAAGAAGAUUGGCACAAGGUAGCUCGUAUUUCAAGGAUCUCAAUGACAAACUUACACUAUGAUCAGUCAUGCACUUUUAGUUUACAUUGUCAUGCACUUACAGUUUACAUUAUGAAUUUUAUUUUUUGGUUCGUUGGCACUUCGGUAUGUUUCCCUGACAUCAAGAUUUGUUCUUCCUCUGUGCCAUAGUUAUGGUAACUUUUAAAAAUAUUUUGAACACUACACAGGACAAUGUAAUGCAAAUAUUUCGCAAGUUUUAGUCAACUCCAAUUAAAGAAACUGUAACGCACCCAUUCUAUAUGAGUAUUUGUUCUUGAUGACAUCAUUAAAAGGUUUUUUCCCCCUUUUUCUGUUAAUUCCUGAAUUUUCUUUAUUUCUUUCUGCAUCAUUAUGUUACUGCAGCACAUCUUUUCUAAGAUUUCUCCAAGCUAAAUGCUUCCAUACCAAUUACACCUAUUUUAAACUAUUCCAGAACUUUCUUUUGCAUACUUCAUUUAUAAUUUGAGGUUUUUUGGUUAAUUGAACGAUUUUUUGUUGUGAGAUGCAGUAAACCUCCAUAUAUCUUUAGCUUGUUUUUUCAUACAGCAAAUAGACCAGUAUGGAAACCAUCAACCAGAAUAUCACGAGUUUGAACCAAUCAUGCAUAUAUGUUUUUCAGGCCACAACAUUAUACUGUCAUUAAUCAUCGCAUUAAGAAAGAGGAUUUUCAGCUUUCAAUUUGUAGUAGAUUACUCUCAUCAAGUGCCAGAAGCUCAAGUUGCUGCUUGAAUGGAUACAAUCCCCCAUCCCAACUCUUUGAUAUUUGAGACUAGACAUUUGUCUUGAAUUUGAGAGCUUCGCAAGAGGUGCUUUGCCCUCUAGCCUUCAUUCUCUUGAGAUCUCCUAUUGCAAAAAGCUCAUGAAUCACCAAAGAAAGUGGGCUUUGGAGAGACUCCCUCUCACACACUCGACCAUUUGUGAUAGCGAUGAAGUAGAAUUGUUUCCAGAGGAGGAUUGCCUGCUGCCUUACACACCUGAAUCUCUCGGAUGAUGGAGCGUUAAGAAUCUGAAAAUGCUAAACUAUUAAGGUCUUUGACACCUCACCUUUUUCUUCAAAAGAUAAAAAUCAUGUACUACACUCAAGUCCUUAUCAAAAUAGGGACUGUCUGCCUCCCUCACUACACUAGAAAUCUUUGACUGAAACCAAGGAUGGAAUUGGAAAAAGGACAUCACUGGCUCAUUGUUACGGAUAUCCCUCUAUAAUAACUGAUCAAGAAUUAGUCCCUUCAUGGAGACACUGGAAGUGUGAAGGAUCCCCAAAAUUACAAGAUCUCCAUCAUCUCUUUGAACUAAUGUACCUUUUCUUUUUCCCCCUUUAACAUUUUUAUUCUCUUUGAGUGCUUUCAAGUUCUUUCACAUGCUAGCUUCCUCUGUUUGAUCUUUUGGUAUAAUACAAUAGGAAUGUGAAUGGAAGGCUAAAUUCUUUGGCCUUUCUUCUACACGUUUCUUCAAUUGUUAUAUGCUGAUGGAGAAAGAAAACCUUCAAUGUGUUGUUAGCCAUCUAUAAUUGUUAAGACUGUUCUUAAGAUUGCUCAAGUCUUCUAUGUGCAUGCUUUACAAUUUUUUGUUUCUUUUCUAAGCUACAAUAGAAAACAAUUUUCAUCUUUUUAGCAGCAGUCCAGGAGUGCUCUAAUUUUAUCCCAAUCUGAUGUAUAUGUGAGGUGUAGAAUUGUACUCUGUCUGUCCAAGGAAUGCACCUCAUUAUUGAUCUCAACUUCAGCCAUUGCCAAAAAAGGGCUACCUAUCUCGCCCUUUAUGGCAGAAAUCAAAAGCUACCUACAUCGAUGACACUGCAGGAGAGAAGAUGACUCGUCCAGUGUUGCUCAUAAUUCGAGGAUGUCAAGGAUGAACUCAUUCUAUGAUCAGUUACGCACUCGUAAUUUCUUUGAAGGUCCUAUAGAUGUCAACGGUUGUUUCAUAUCCAGAGUUGGUUGACUUCAUUUGAGCUUAAGUUGAGAGGAUACCUGAAGUAUGUACUGCAUGGAGUUCAGUUUGCUGCCUGGAAAGAUGCAAGCCCUCCCCGAACCUUUAUGUUAAAAAAUGUGGUAGCAUCAUGUAACUGAGAGCUUUUAAGCUAGUUGUUGCCUCCAGACUUCGACCAUAUCCUUUUGAUGGUGGAUAUUGCAGAGUUUCCCUUCUUGCUGAGAAUGCAAGACUAGUGGCACUGGUGAAGAGGAGUCAUUUCCAUAACACCACUUGCUGUGUUGCACCCUCGUAAUCUUUCACUUGGAGUAGCAUAAAAGCUGAAGCACAAUGACCUACAAGUGUGUUCAACACUUCACCUAGCUUGAAGAUAUGGAAAUUGCUGACUGCUUUCAGCUCUAGUCGUUAGAAAAAGAAUGGUUCACGAUCUCCGGGCUUCCAUUAUGCAUGAAAAAUGUGGUGUUCAUUGCUCGCAUUACUACAUAAUGGGAGAAAGGGAGAGGAAAGGGUGGCCCCAAGGUUCAACAAUUUCUGCAAAUUCAAUAAUUUUUCAAUUUUUGAGAUGAUAUUCUUCUUCCUUUUUCGGUUCAUUCCUCCAUAGUCAUUUUUUCACAUUGGAUCAUAAAAUUCUCUUCCUUUCUGUAUACAAUUAACGGUAAAGGUGCAUUGUCUACAACCAUUGUGAUGGCUAUCAGAGUACUAUGACUGCCUUUUUAUCAGGUGAAGGGAGGGGGUUGGCAGGCUUAAUAGGGUUUGAAGCAGCUUGAAUGGGUAUUUCAGCUGUGUAGAUCUGUAUCUGUAAACUUAACUUUUGGAAAAUUUCUGAUUUUGGCAAGCACUGUUCUCUUUCUGAAGCAUGAUGUUUCAGACAUGUCUUUUUUGUGGUAAUAUGGCUGUGCUAUGGUUAGAAUAAUUAACUUUGUAAUUUGUCUGAGAUGCAUGAAUGUGUAUCCUGAUUAAAAGGAUUUGUAUUACCUCGCAAACCUCUUCAAGGUUCAGCUUGAAAUUUUUUGAUGAGAAAGCUUGAUUUUUAUGAUCAGCCUAAACAGAUUCAAGGCCAUUCUAGCUAAUCUUUGUGAUUUCAUCAUUAGAUUUAAGCUUCUGGAAGUAAAAGCUGCAUCCUCAAUUUUUUAGCAUUGCAUUACUCUAUAUUUAUGCAUAUUUCUUAUAGAAUAUAUCUUGGCAUGUUUGCAAAUUAAUUGCUUUGAUGCAAUUUGAAGACCUCCCGUAGAAUCUCAAAGAGGGACCAGGGAGAACAGAGCUCCUUGAUGUCAGAAGAACCGCUGCCAACUUUCCUCUAUUAGCUGAAAAUUGAAGCUCUGCUGCACUGAAGGCCCUCAAGUACAUACUCAAACCCCAGCCAAAGGUUUCUGUAAUGACUUGAUCAUCUGCUAACUGAAUUCUGCACAUGAUCAGACUUUUCUCAUCAUUCUUGUAAUGACUUGAUCUAUGAAGCACCAAGGUAACUUAGCUGGAAAUUGUUGGCAUGAAUAUUACCCACAUUCUGAUCCCAGCAAUGCUGUCUCUGUUUCGAAAUAGAGUCUUCAUCUUGCCUAGUCCAGUCGGCAGUUUACAUCAA